UAUAAAAACCUUGAGCCCAGCGUGUUGGGAAGCAGCAGCUGCCACUCACACUGGCAGACCGACUCUACAUCUAAGGAUAUACGAGGACCGCGCCGGGUCAGCAGCCUCCUGACCCGCAGCCCCCGCCCCACGCAUUGUUUCUUUGGAGCGCACACCUUCACGGUUUCGCUUCACAUGAUGGACCUGCGAGUAACAUCCGUCCUUUUCGUCCUCCUGGCCUUGGCCGAGGGAACCCCUGAGAGGUACUAUGCAUCAAAAGUGUCCAAGGUCCCCUAUCCCGUCAAGAGUCACAGUGUUGCAGGACCUCAAGGUCCUCCAGGACCCCCAGGUGAACCAGGACCAAUGGGACCACCUGGACCUCCCGGAGAAAUGGGUAUGGGACAUACAGGACCAAGAGGCCCACCGGGAACACCUGGAGCCCCUGGCCACUCUCAGGCAGGCAAACCUGGUAUCCCAGGUGCUCCAGGAAAACCAGGAAGCCCUGGUAAACCUGGUGAUAGAGGUGCAAAUGGUGCAACUGGACCAAUGGGACCAAGAGGUGCACCCGGUACACCUGGAACCCCUGGACCUGCUGGGCUGUCAGCUACGGGAAAACCUGGACCAGCAGGGCUUCCAGGUCCAAUGGGUCAUAGAGGAGAGCCCGGUUUGAAGGGUCAUCCUGGUAUUCCUGGUCUUCCAGGCCCAAAAGGAGAGAGAGGUAUUGGUGUUCCUGGGGUGCAGGGUCCGUCGGGUCCAACUGGGCCAAUGGGCCCAUCUGGUAUGCCUGGCAAGCCUGGAAUUGGCAAGCCCGGUGCCACUGGCUAUCCCGGAGAACCUGGUAAGAGUGGAAAUCCAGGAAGAGAUGGGGCUCCUGGGCCAAUGGGUAUGCCAGGUCCUAAGGGUCACACUGGCCCACCAGGUGUAGGAGCACCAGGGAAACCAGGCCAGAAUGGUACCCCAGGUACACCAGGGCCAAUGGGGGCUAAGGGUCCACAGGGACCCGCUGGUCAGCCAGGCUCUCCUGGAAUGCCAGGUGUUGGAAAAACAGGUGAGCCUGGAAUACCAGGAUCCAGAGGAUCUCCAGGAACCCCAGGAACCACUGGUCAGAAAGGAGAGCCAGGCCCAACUGGAUUUACCGGUCAACCUGGUGCUCCUGGUCCAAUAGGUCCAGCUGGUCCUCAGGGUUCAAGAGGAUUUAUGGGUGAGACAGGCCCAGUAGGACCCAAAGGUGAUAUUGGUAUGGUAGGCGCACCAGGCCCAAGAGGAUCCAAGGGUGAGCAGGGAGCACAAGGCUUCACUGGGAAACCAGGUGUUCCAGGUGCAGUAGGUCCCCCAGGCAUUCCAGGUCACAAUGGAGCUCAGGGUCCUAAGGGUUCACAAGGCCAUGCUGGCUCUCCAGGAAGUCCAGGUGCAAAUGGUCUCCCUGGACAUAAGGGUCACACAGGUCCCCCAGGAGCACCAGGUAAAAGCGGUGAACCUGGAAUGCCAGGAGCUCCAGGGCAAGUUGGCCCUCCUGGUCCAUCAGGUCCCCCUGGACUUAAGGGCCACCAAGGUCCCCCAGGUCCACCUGGUCCAGCAGGCCUCACAUCUAAGGGAGUUUCUGGUCCCAUGGGUCCCCCAGGACCCCCAGGACAGAAAGGUCAUGAUGGUCGCCCCGGCCCUGCUGGCCCUCCUGGUCCACCUGGUCCCCCAGGAGAGGUAGUCUACCACCAUGAAAAGAGUAUGCCAAUCAAAUCCCAUGAGGUUGUGAUGCCUCAUGAAGUGAUGAAGGCUCCCAUGUCUGCCUUCAGUGCUGUGCUGACCAUGGCCUACCCCCCUGCUGGAACCCCUAUUCAGUUCAACCAGAUUCUUUACAAUGGAGAGAACCACUAUGACCCCCACAGUGGUGUGUUCACCUGUCAGGUUCCAGGCCUUUACUACUUUAGCUUCCACAUGCACGUCAAUGGUGCCAAUGCUUUGGUGGCCCUCUACAGGAACGAAGAGCCUAUGGUUUUCAUCUAUGAUGAAUACAACAAGGGCUUCCUGGAUCAGAUGGCAGGCAGCGCCGUUCUUAUGCUGCACCCAGGCGACAGAGUCUUCAUCCAAGUCCCAGACGAGGAGAGCAAUGGUAUCUUUGCUGCAGACAAUGUUCAUUGUGGGUUCUCUGGGUUCUUAAUUGCCUCAACGUGAUUUAAUUAAUCUCUAUAAACCUCAAAACCUUAUAAAAAAAAAAAAGACCCAACAUUGACCUGUUCAUAGGAACAGAUCAGUUUACACAAUAAAAAAAAAAAGAUUGUGAAUCUGUAUGACAAUUUAACAACCUCAAGUUUCAAGGGUGUAAAAAUACUCAAACUGAGAUACAACCCCCCACCCCACCCCCCCUCAUUCGCUUUGUGUUUUAGCUGUAAAACGAAAAACAAAGAAAUGAUUUUGGAAGAUUUCAAAGUGGUGCUCUACAAUCUCCUGGAAUGGCGACACCAUAUAUGGUGCCCGCUUUGUUUGUGUUUGUUUGCUUGUUGUUUUUUUUGUUGUUGUUUUUUUUUUUUUAAAUCCAUGUCUGUUUGAGGGUUUCCUUUAAAUUUUCAAAGACAAAAAUAUGCAAAACCGAUGUUUCACACGUUACAAGAGAUCAGCACACUUACACCAGCACUGUGACUACGAGCAGAACAUCGGAGGAGAAUUUCAAACGGCUUUUUUUGUAACUAUGUCCCAUUGGAUGUGUUAAGUUAUGUACCACUCACUGAAAAAAAAAACAUGGAAUAAAAGUUCGACUUUGAAAAAUA